UAAUUAAAUUUCCAAAUGGAUUGGCAAAUGAAUUAAAAUUAUUGAUUGAGUCAAUUUAUCCAAGAUAUGAUUUAUUAUGUAAACCAAUUUCAGGUGAAUUUAAGCAAAUUAGAAUUAAUAAUAUUUUAAAUGAAUUACUUGGAACAUUAAAAUUAAUAGAAAAUUGUGCUGAUUGUAAGAAAAAAAUGAUAAAAGAUAAUAAUUAUCUUAUGGAUUAUCUGAAUAAAUCAAUUGAUGCAUUAAAUGAACUUUCAAAUAGAUUAAAAGAAAAUGAGAAAGAAAGUAAAAAAUCAAUUGAGGAAUCAUAUCUCAAUUUAAUUCUCACAGAUGUUGAAUUGAAUGGAUUUGUAUUAUGCAAUGGUUGCAAAGAAAAUGAGGAAGAAAAAAGUAAAAAAUUGAUUGAAAAUUCAUAUAAAAUUUUAAUUAAAACAGAUGUUGGAUUAAAUGAAGUUGUAUUAUGCAAUG